AUGAAGAUCUCUCUGCUGCAGCAGAUGUACAAGGAUGUACUAGUAGGCAUUCUGCUACCAAAGGAAAGCCAUCAUUACACCUCUUUACUUGAUCUGUGUGUUGAGCAGUCACCAGAAAGAGAUGAAUCAUGCAAUCAGACGCAUUUGCCAUCUCCUAAUGGUGGUAUUAGGAGCCGUCAGGACACGGAUAUGUCAGAUGCAGCUGUCCCCACAACAGAUGAUAUAGCAGAUAGCUUUGCAAACAUGAACUCCUCGUUCUGCCCACGAGAAGUGCUGCUGCUGCAGCUAACCUUGAUCAAGAUGAUGGCUGCUAAAGCACGGUCCCAGGAAAUUGAGUUCAGUAUGAGACAGAAGUACUGUGAAAUCUUUGCCAUUCUUUUGAAGGAGGCAAACAUUGACUCAAAAUUGAUUUGUCUGCUCGGUCGUUGUGAUCCGCUGUUAUCUCACAUGGCUUCAAAAAGUUUAGCAUCCCUUGUGUAUUUCCAGCUGAAGGAAGAGAACUCAUUAAAUGCCACCUGGCUCACCUUUAGUUUGAAGACUCUCUCAGGAUUCCCAGUGCACACCCAGGUGGCAGAAUGCCUGUGGACUCUCACAGCUGUUAUCAAGGACAUCCUGGAAGAUGAAGUUGUGCCCAGAGCAGGUGUUUUGAAGAAGCUGUUGGCUCCUCUUGAUGCUGUGCUUGAAGGAUUUUAUAAUUCCAUUCUGUUCCAUCAUUUUGACAGUCAGUGCUAUACUUCACCUUAUUCUGAAGCUGCAAACAAUUUGAUCAGUUUUAUAGAUCUGCUUGAAGCACUUUUGGCUUCCAGAAUUGAAUUAGAACUACCAUUCAGAUGCCAGAGAGUAUUGUUUUUGAAAGUUUCCUGUGUCCUGAACCUCAUUAGCUCAUCUAUUCAUUAUGUAAUCAAGAAGAAGUUCAUUAUGCUCCUUAAAAAAUGUGUCCUUUACAAGUCUAGAGAAGAUGCUAAAAGUGGAUCCCCAUUCUCAGAAGCCCCAUCUCUUUCUGAGGAUAUGCUUGCACUGAGUAACACUGCACUGCAGGUGAUGAAUUUGACUUGGCUUAAUGGGAUCCCUCUCAGGGAAAAGACCAGCUACUUUGGAGGCAGUGAAGCUGCUCCAGGAGAUGAUACUCAAGGUGGUUCUGACCAAACUGUUCUCAGAGCCUUAAGUCUGGUUGUGCUUAAAGCACUGGAAUUCAAGUUUCAGAACUGUGCUACAGAGGCUGAAAUCAAAGGAGAGUUUCAGAGUUCCAUGUCCCAGCUGUUGAUAUUCUGGAGGAGUCACGUGAAGCCUUCCCCACACUCUCACCCAGUUGUACAUCACUGUGAAUGGCUCUCCUUGAUUUUCUUAGAGCAAGAUGAUGAUAUGUGGGAAGCUGCUAAAGCUUUAUUACUCACUUAUUUAAAAUUUGAUAGGUUACGACAUGAUACUGCUGAUAACUUAAGCCAAAAAGAGGAGGAAACCUGGAACUUUCUUACACACGCAGGUGGAUAUAAUCCUCACUGUAUAUUUUUAUUUUUUCUAGAAAAAAUUGCAUUUGAUUCCACAGUAUUUCUAGAUUUUUUGAUUUCAUCAGAAACUUGCUUCCUAGAGUACUUGGUAAGGUACUUGAAGCUCCUUGGAAAAGACUGGGAUCAGUUUGUAGACAUCUGUAACCAUUUUGAUAUCAAGCAUCGCACUUUUCAGUCAGUUUCUCCUAUCAAGCCACCCCAUGGAGAAGAACAAAGCUCUGUGACUGAGGAGAGUUUGCCAAAGGCUGCCUGUGAACCAGAACCACAGUCCCUGAGCUCUUGGGCUGCUUCUCACCCUGGCUCGGUGUUUACGACAGAGCGAGGUGAUAAUGGAGUUGCAGAGUCCAACCAGUCUGACUGCUGGGUGCACAACAAUGGUGCCUCUCUGCUGGGCUCCCUUCAGAGCCUCGUUAAUUACGACAGCUCAGGAGACUCUCAAUUAGAAUCAGAUGGGGAAGAGUGCUUGGUAAACACAAAGCAGGUGCCUUUAAGUACCCAGACUGAGGUGGAAACUGGUUGCAGCUUCGCAGAUGAUAAACGGAGCGCACCCAAGUCUGAAGCGUUGCCUCUAAAACAGAAGGGUCCUGAUACCUCUUCCUGUUUCACUUCUGUGGUGUCUUCACAUAACAUCAUUCCCACAAGAGUAAUGCUUUACAAAGCAACAAAAUGUUUGGAAGAACUGCAAGAAGCUAUUUCUAGGUUGCAGAGAAGAAAUCUUUUCCCAUAUAAUCCAUCUGCCUUGUUGAAACUGCUGAGCCAUGUUGAGAAGAUCAGUAAGAAUGUGAAUCCACAGUAA